GGGGUGGGAGGGAGAGGCAAAAUCUCUGCUCUUCAUAGAGCUUUCAUUCUCAACACUUAAGUGCUUCGCGUCACCGUCCUGGAAAAUACCCUAGUGACCUGGGAAGGAGCGAUUGGGUCUUCCAUGGAAGGGAAUCCCAUCCUUUCUCAGUUUCUGUGCUUUCUACAAAGACAGCUGAUUUACUGCAGAAGCCGAAGUGUGAGGCAGAAAUCUCGGUAGUGCUCUCCUUCUACCCUGCCGAAGCCUGGCGGGGCCGGAUCCAGGGUGCCGCGGCGCACCAGCUCAAGUCAGAUGAUUAGCUUGGGCCUCUCUACCCUCUCCGUGUUCCUGCGGACAGCUGGAGGACAGAGAAGCAGUACCCAGCUCUGCGCCAUCCCUCAGGGAAGGGAAUGCGCGCUGGUGAGAAUGCUCCCGAGGCAGUCGCACUCAAUGUCUGAUACCCAGACUGGGGAAGGGAUGAUCCCCCUGGGCUUUUGGGUUUACGCAGCAAACUGCUUUCUCAUGCUUCCCCAUUGAACAUUGCAGCCACACGCUCUUUCCAGCCUCGCCGAGGCCACUGCGGUGCUCUAUUCUUCCCUUCCGCCCCACUCGUUAGCUCCGACUCCAGAGCCUCGGUUCCUUUUUCUUCGCCACUUCCUGGUUGCUAUGGAGACAUACGUCAUUUACGUGCCGUGCGUCGCCUUGGAAACAGAGGAGCAUCCGCGGCGCAGCGGGGAAGCCGGCCCCAGCCGCUCCAAACACGCUCGCGGGCGCUGCCUGUUAAUGGCUGGGGGGAGUCCCAAGCCGGACGCGCUGCUGGCCUCUGUCUCGGCCCGAGCCCCUCAGCGAGCGCCUUUGUGACUCAGGGAACCGGCGGGCACUCGCUGCUCCUGGCGCCCUGAGGGCGGCCCUGAUACGGGCGCAACCCCGGAGCCCAGGCAGGGCGCGGAGCUUUCGCCCCGGGACGAGCCCGAGAGACGCCGGCACUGGGACCCUCGCCCGGUCCUCUUCCCGCCGCUUCUCCCUGGACUCCCCCGAGCCUGCCCGUGCCCUCCGCCCAGGACUCGUAUCCUUACGUCGGCUGCCCGCCCCUCUCGGGAGCCUCCUCUUCCCUGGGCUCCUCCCCGCCUCCUCCCGGGACCCCCUCCUUGCCCUUCCCCCGCCCGGAGGCCCGGCCGGACCGGACCCCGAGCCGCCACCGCCCGCUUCUGCCGUUCAAUGGAGGACGGUCUGCUGGAGAUCAUGACCAAGGACGGCGGCGACAUGCCGGCGCCUCUGGAGGUGUCCACGGUGCCGGCCGUGGGGGACGUGAUCGCCGGGGAGUACAACGGCGGCAUGAAGGAACUGAUGGAACACCUGAAGGCCCAGCUGCAGGCCCUGUUUGAGGACGUGAGGGCCAUGCGGGGGGCCCUGGACGAGCAGGCUUCGCACAUCCAGGUACUCUCGGACGACGUGUGCGCCAACCAGCGCGCCAUCGUCUCCAUGUGCAGGAUUAUGACCACGGCGCCCCGCCAGGGCGGCCUGGGCGUGGUCGGCGGCAAAGGGAGCUUCCCGGGCGCCCCCCAAGAGCCGGAGAACCCUUCGCCUGGGGCCGGAGGCAGCGGCUUGCUGGGUCGCGAACCCGAGGACGAGGAGGACGACGACGACGAAGUAGAGAAGAAGGAAGUGCCCAGCCCCGCCACACCCACCAGUCACUGUGAGCGUCCCGAGAGCUCCUGCGCUGGUCUCCUUGGGGGGGACGGGCCACUUGUGGAGCCCCUCGACCUUCCUGACAUCACCCUUCUGCAGAUGGAGGGCGAGGCCUCCCUGUGAGGGGACUCCGCGGAGGCACCUUUCCGGGCUGGCUGUGGGUUUCCCAGUGCAUGACGUGAGAGGACUGAACGGCGCGGUGCCGCAUGCUACCUCGUAGAUCAGGCAGAGAGAGACUCCCGAGGAAUGAUUUGUAAGGUGAAGGACUUUGGGAGCAUCAAGAAUUCUUUCUGCACAACCAAGCGAGAGGUAGCAAACGGCGGAAAGGUGAGGCUCCAGGAGAGGAAGCGCCCGUCUCUGGACUCCUAUCCAUCCCCUACCCUACCCUUACCCCUCUCCAGCCAACAGGAGAACCCCUGACUUGUGUAAAUAAAUUCUGCUUUUUCUAUUCUGAAAAAGGACUUAUCUAGGACUAUGGCAAAUAAUCUCUAAAGAUUUACCUAGAAAUUAAGGAAUUGGGGUAUUCUGUUCUGGCAACAGGACAUUUGCCCUUCUGCUGAAACCCAACAUAUUCAGUGCUCUGCAGAAGGCUCUCCCCCUCACAGAUCUCGGCGGCUCCUGAUUGGUAAAGGAAGCUUGAGGAGGGAACCGCAGCCCUAGGAAUCUGGGUGAAUGGGGUUCCAAGGGCCCCUGGGCUGGGAGGAGCUGGCUGUGAAUGUGCAUGAAGACUAAUAGUUCAACCUCUAGGAUUUUGCAUGCAGAGCGGAUCCUGCCUUGUCACUGACUUCAUCCGGGAUUGCUUUUCCACUCACUGGGGUUUAGAGAACAAAGAACCCAGCUCACAGGCAGAGACUCGGGUGCUCAGCAGUAGCCCAGAUUUAGGGGACGUUUGAGGGACUCUUGGGAGCCGCAGCCAAAAGCUCUCUCUCUUCUGGCUACAUCCACUUAACUUCAGUUCCUUUUGCUGCCAAAAUAUCCUUGCCCGCUGCCUCUCGGUGUUGCCUCCAUGAUGUCUUGUGUGUAUUAUGUGUGUCCACAUGUGUAGUAGUGUGUGAGCCCUGAGGGGCAGGGCUUGUGGCUCUGGCAUUAGGUUCAGGGGACAUCCGACCCUUCUGAGUCCCAAGCUGUCAUGGCGCUUCCCCUUCUCCCUUUCUACCCCCACCAGGGCAUGGAGCAUGUGGCUGUCCUGAGGUUCCUUAACUCACGUGCCUCCCUGCUGCCUCCUCAAGUGGUGACUUUGUGUGCCCAUCCCCCUCCUUUGUGUAUCCCUUUCUCAAUGCUUUCCUUGGUGUUAACCUUAAUAAAGAGGCGUCAUCUCCCCUC